AUGAUAAACCUGGGGACUUUUCUUAGAAUCAGACCGUUAGAGCAGAAGCAUAAACUGAAAGAAGACUACUACUCAAUAUCAAGAGGCAGGGAAGAGGAGAAAAACUCUCUAUAUGGGGAUAAGUCUGUUAUUACAAUUCAUGACCCCUUGAAAAGAUCAAAGGAUUAAUUUGACUUCAAGUUUGACAAGAUAUACACUCAGGAUAAAUCGAAUGCUGAUGUAUACAAAGACCAUUCUAGGUUCACAGACAUGCUGUUAAAUGAAGGCCUUAACGAGAUUAUGAUUUCAUUCGGUCACAAGGAGAGCGGAAAGACAUUUACAAUAUAUGGGGAGAAUAAUUUCUAGCUUGAAAAAAAUCUAACUGACUUGAGAAUUGAGGAGUCUGAUGAUUCCAGAGGUCUAGUCCUGAGAACUGCUCAUGAUAUACUAAAGAGAGAUCCUGGAGCUAGGAUAAGCAUCUCAUUUGUUGAUAUUGUGAUGGACAACAUUAGAGAUCUUCUCAAGUAUAUUAAGAGAGAGAAGAAGACAAAUAUUACUCACGGCUAAAAUCUAGCCAUUUAUGAUGAUCCAAGCAAAAUGGGCUACUAGAAAUCAGCUCAUCAGUCGUAAGAAUACAGCAUCUCACAGGCAUAAAAUAUUGAGAAAGAAUUUAUUGAAGUGCAUGAAAGGCCAGGGAUAAACGGAUCUCACUAUUAUCUAAAAAACUUGACAGUUUUAGAAAAUAUGAAAGAUCUAAGUGAUAUUGCCUUUUAUUUGGAAAAAGGUGCAGCUCUAAGUGAAUAGCUUAACAAGAAGCUAAACUAUACUCCAGGCUUGAGAGCUACCUAAAUUUUCCAUAUGCAAGUUAGAGGUUCUCAAUCACAUAAAGAGUCUCAAUUGAUCUUUAUUGAUAUGCCUGACUAUGAUAAACUUCAAACUAACAUUAUAGAUAACUAGAAACUUUAUGAGUCAAUUGUUAUCAACAAUACUUUUAACACAAUAGCUUAGAUUAUUGGUGGUUUAAAUAAUGGGUAGUACAAUGUGCAGGAUGCUCCUUAUGAAAAUUCUAAAGUCACUAGAAUUAUAUAAUCAAUGCUGCAACAAUCUCAUCCAUCCUAGUAAAUCAAUAUCACGUUCUUAUGCUGCAUUUGGCCAACUGAGUCCAGAUAUCAAGAGAUUAUGAAUACUAUGAUGUUCUUGGAUAAAAUUCAAACCAAGAAAAAUAUGAUGGGGAAAACUGAAUAUAGAGGUGAGAUGAGUACUAACUAAGAAAAGAUCAUGCAAGAGAUUUCAAAGGAGAAUGUAGAAAUCAAAUUCAAGAUAGACUCAUUUAAGAGAGAGCACGUGAAUAAACUCAAUGAUCUUAAACAAAAGCUUGGACUUGAUAUUGCUUUGGACUCUAUUUUAAAGCAAAAGGGCAACCAAAGAGAGCUAUAAAUCAUCAAGGAUCAUAAAGAGGCUAUAGAUAAGACAGAGACUUACUCAAAGUAGAAUAAAGAUAUUGAGAAGAGAGUUGAACUAAUUCAGCAACAGAUUCAAGACAAUGAAUUUGCUAGAAGAGAGAUUUAAGAAAACUUUUCAUAAAAAUACUACAUCUUGCAUAAAAAGAUUGACAAGCUCAGAGAGGAAUAUAAAUAAAGUGAAAUGGAAUUAGACAAUACCUUAAGAGGUUAGAUGAAUGAUAGAAAUGAAGAGCUUCAAAAAAUUCUAAACAACACUCAUGCUAUGCUCAUUGAGAAUUCAGGACUUGUGGAAUAGCUGAAUGAAACCGUAGUAAAAAAGACUUAAACUAAGGACCUUCAGUCUAAAAGAAUUAAUUUUAUGAAGGAUGAGGGGAAGCAAAAUGCAGAGGAUACCUAUAGAAAGCUAUUACAACAAUAAGAAAAGGAAUUCGAUCAGCAAAUUAAAAUCAAUAAAGAGAAGUAAGAAUAUCUUUUAAGAAAGAAGGAAGAGGAGAUCUAAAAAUCAGCUGAUGAUUUCAAAAGUUUCCAUGAAAAGAUUAAGAAUGAUUAAAACCAAGCUAGAACAGAGAUUAUGAAGCUUUAUAAUAUUGUAAAGAAGCAAAACUAAAUCUUGACUAAUGUUGAGACUGGUGUCUAUUCUUAAACUGCUAAGAAAAUUAGAUUUGCCUCAGAGCAGAAGCCAGAUUUACCUGAGAAGCAAAAGUUCAAAUUCUUAUUCUCUACUAUUGAAAAACAAAAUCAAAAGGGAAGACUUGGAUAGACUUCGUAGAGUUUUAUAACUGGAAAUAACAAUUUCAACUAGCAGCUGAACAACAUUGCUUAAAGCAUCGAGGAGCAAGAGAAUACCCAAGACCUUCUAAAUAAGAAGGUUGAAACAAUGGUAAAUCCUGAGGAACUUAGAAAGUUAGUUAAAGAUUUAAUGCAAGAGCUAGCCAAGCACUCAGCAAGUCACCCACAAAUCUUAAAGGGUGAAAAUGUUGAGCAAAUCUUAUAGGAUACUGAGAAACAUAAGAAGGAAUAUGAGAAGGCAAGCAAUAAAAACAACGAUGUCAAGAUUUAAAUAGAGGCGCAAAAGAGAUUCUUAGAGAGAAUUCAGCUUGAAAAAAUUAUGGUGCCUGGACAGCCUAACCUUAAUAAAUGA